AUCCUUUAGAAGUUCAUGAAGAUGAUGGAAUGCUCGCCGGCCAGGCAUAUUCUCAGAUUGGCAAGAAACUUUAAAAAGCUUGGGAGUGCCCAUUAAAAAAGGUUUCAUUUCAAUGGAAGGAAAUCAUCCCAAACAAGGGGAAAACGAAGAUAUAGACCAAGGGCUGGCAGCUGACUUUGAUGAUUCACUGUCAGGGUUAGGUGUUGACAUUAGCACAGCUUCGUACAACAUGAGUGAAGCCUUACUGGCUCUGCCAACCGUCCCGCUUCUUAAGCAUGAAAUAGAUAAGCAGAGUUACACAUCCUCUACUCCAGCCACUUUUGAUGAGUCCUCUCAGAGCAACACAACUGACCGACUAUUCAAACUUUUGAGCUCAGAUAAUAUAUCAGAGGGACCUCCACCAUCUAUGCAUCAGUUAUUACAGCAGCACAUCCCUCCCAGUGGUAAUCAAGGAUCAGUUGCUGCCCAUGGUGUGGCACAAGGGGCGUCAGGAUCUAAUCUUUCAGUAAAUAAUCAUGCUGCUCUAGCACUCCAGAACUCUCCCAGUGAUACCAGCCUUGACACCCAUAGGUUGCAGUCACAUGGAAUGCAGUAUGAAGAUAGCAGGUUCCAGUAUAUAUUAGGUGCUGCAACUUCAAUUGCUACAAAAGUGAAUGAGGAGAGUUUAUCGUACCUUAAUCAAGGCCAGUCUUAUGAAAUCAAAGUAAAGAAGUUAGGUGAUCUUACUAGUUGUAAGGGAAAGCUUUAUCACACAGUUAUUAGAGUAUGUUUUCAUGAACGACGUUUGCAAUAUAUGGAGAGAGAGCAGCUUGAGAGUUGGCGACAAAUGAGACCUGGAGAGAGAAUAUUAGAGGUUGACAUUCCUUUGUCAUAUGGAAUAUUUGAUGUUAAUCAAAGCUCACGUAAUCUCAACAUGUGUGAAUUUGACUGGGAUCCAACAAAAGAAGUUGGAGUGUACAUAAAGGUAAAUUGCAUCAGCACAGAAUUUACUCCAAAGAAGCAUGGGGGGGAGAAAGGUGUCCCAUUCCGAAUUCAGGUUGAAACUUAUGCUAAAACAGACUCAGGUUUAGAGCAGUUGCAUGUGUGUGCAUGCCAAAUCAAAGUAUUUAAGCUGAAAGGUGCUGACCGAAAACAUAAACAAGACAGAGAAAAGAUUCUAAAGCGUCCUGUUUCUGAACAGGAAAAAUAUCAGCCUUCUUGUGAAUGUACUAUACUGACAGAGCUUUCUUCAGAAGCUGUUUACGUACCUGCAACAGAUACUUCGUCCAUAUCACCACCAGUGUCAUCAGCUGCCAGCUAUGGAUUUAGAACAAAUACGCCGCCCAUAGAACUGAGAGGUGACUCUUCAGGGAUUGAUGGAGUAAAACCCUUAGAAAAUGGUGUUUUAUGUGAUCAAGAAUCAGAUCAAGAAAAUCCGGUAAGCAAGAUUUUUGAAAUUCCAAGUGGCCUGUCUUUCAAGGGGAAAAUGAAGACGCACAAAUUUUGUGGAGCACCUCUACACACUGGUCACACGUCAGCCCAGACAGCAGCGUGGCUAAGAGCAAACAACUUUAGCGAUUACAUUUCCAUGUUUUCCAAUUUUACUGGAACAGAUUUAUUAAGAUUAUCACGAUCAGAUCUUACAGAAAUGUGUGGCCUUGCACAUGGUGUAAGACUAUAUUAUGCUCUGCAUGCGAAAAGCGUCAUUCCAAGAUUGACGGUUUACGUUUGUCUUGAGCAUGAACAAGUCUAUCAUGCCAUUUAUUUGGAAAAUCUGACCUGCCAUGACUUUACACGAAAAGUUUCUUCUUUAAUGCACAUAACCCCAGAAAGAAUACAUGAUGUGUAUCUUCAAGGCCCAACAGGAGUCCACAUAUUGGUUACAGAUCAAGUUGUGCAAAACAUGAGGAGUGAAUCCUUGUUGUCAAUUGAGGUGCUACAAGAUGCUGCUGGUGAAAGAUUUAGACUACUACUAAGACUUCUUAGUCAUAACAACAAUGCACAAACAUAGUGAAGAAUCUCUUCCAUUCAGUGAUGGAGCUGAUGAGACCUUGUGAAUGAGACAAUAUCUGUAAAGACUGAACAGUACUUGUCUGCUGAUGAACCUGCCAUUCAUGUUAGUGGACUGAUUUAACUUAAAAAAAGCAUUCCCAUAGAAACAAGUGUUAUGUAGCGGCUUACAGACUUCCUAAGGAACUGUGAAGUGUGUCUGUGCUGCUGAACUUUUGUGAAGACUACUCAGUGCCUGUCAGCAUAGUUGAUAAUUGGAUUUUAUAUUUGACAGUUAAUGUUUAUUUUCUUCACUUAUUGUUUCAUGUCUUGUUAUUUGUUUUACUUUCUCAUCCUGUUAUUGUUUCCAUAUUGACUUCAUUAACAUAAGUACUACCAUAGUUUGGCAAUAUCUUUAACUCUUAAAGGUACAGUCAUGUGGCAUUAAGUGACAGGUGUUCCUACACAAAUACUAACCUUUGUGUUUUACAUAUGCCUCAGUGCUAGUAGGCUUUAAAAUUGAGCAUUAGAAAAAGUAACUACCAUUGGGUUAUCAGAUGGAAUUGCUGGAUAAUGAUAGAAUUGCCUUAUUGUGGGACAAUUCUGGCUUCAUACAACUAGUUUUUGUCCCCUUUUAAUAGGUUGUGCUCUGCUGAGCAAAUGUCAUAAUUUAGUUGUGUGUUCAGUUUUGAUGCAUAGGAAUAAUUAUUCCUUCAAUGGUUGUAUCUGUCGCUGUAUUCUUUACACUUAGCCUUUCUUCCCAGCAGAUGCUAGCUCAUGCAUUUUACAAUUUUUGUUAGUUAACUACUGGAAUUUGGUUUAGAGGAUAUGUGUAGGAACUAAAGAAAUAAAUUAAUUCCAGAUUUAAGUAAAGUACUGUAUGUAGACAAAGCUGUAGUGUAGGCUAACAAAAUGCAGUAUGUGUACAGGCCUAAGACAGGACUCUUUACAAAUUGGAACAAUCUCUUGGUUAUCUGUUCUGAAUGAUAAUUGAAGGAGGGUUUUAACAAGGGCAAUUAAGUAUGCUCAGCUUUUGUAUAAGAAUGUUGAAAGGUAUUGGAUGAUGGCCAUUCAUAAUGAUAUGAUACACGAGGCAAUGCCAAUCUUUAACUGUUGCCUGCCUCCCAAGAGUGAAGGACUUCCUUGACUAAUUACAAGUAGCAGGGUAUGCUGUAGCACUGUUAUUUUCCCAAUCCAAAAUAUUCAGCAUAGAUGAUAAUACCUGUUUGAAAUGAGAAUUAUAUAAAUAGACCCCUUGUGGGUUCAUACUAAGAAAAUGAAAGAAAUAGAUCUUUUUAUGGAUUGCUUAAAGAAAAGUUUCUAGUUGAAAGUUCUUUAUGUAGAUAAGACAGCUUCCACCUCCUUUAGUAUGAAACUGCAGCUUUGUAACUUGAUUUCAAAUGUCAACACAAGUAGACAGUACAGUUCGGGACGUGUGGGAGACUUAAUUGAUGUCAAUAGGUGUUUCAGCAAUAUGGUAUUCAGUAAUGAACUCUGUAGAUUGUUGUGUUGGUGGAAGUAGUAGACGAGUGUACAGACUUAGCGAGUUUUAGAUCUAGGGUACUUGGAUUUAUUUUUAUUAUGAAAUGUAAUUUGCUGUCAAGAACCACAUAGUAACAUCAAAAUUGGACUUAUUUUGACUUAGCUCUCAUAGGAGUGGAAUGGUUUGCCUUGCCCCUAUCCCAGUAUUUUGGAGGAUGGUAACAAAAGUGGUAAUGGCUGCCUCAAGGUUAGCUUGAGCUGUGCGAUCAAGAUAUUCCUUUAGCAUGCAUUUUUGUUGUUUUUGAGUUGUUUAAAAAUGUCAAAUUAAGUCUCAAAACACUGUUCCUCAUUGUAUGUAAAGGUUAUGGUUUGGAAAGCUGAUAGGGAUGCAGAGAUAUAGAUGGUAAACAAACAUUAGUACUGGUUUUUGCUGGCCAAUCAAGAUAGAAUUGAAAUCCUUAGGUUUGGUAUCAUUGCUUCAUUCCUUUGCAAGAGGGUACCAUUGUGAACAUGACCUUUGGUAGCACAGACAGUGUCAUGGAAGAUUUUGUUAGCUAGCUUUUGCAGAGGAGUACUAGAUCAGUUUUUGUGGAAGUGGCAUUAGCUGGAGUAACAUUUGAUGGAGGAGCAGGAUUUCCUAGAAAAUGGUAUUGGAUUAUGCAGUGACAUUGCUAUUGGGGAAACUAGUGAUGGUGGGUGUUGGUCAGCAGUUUUUCAUGUUACCAGUAUAGAUCUUUAUCCUGAAUGCUACAGCAGUUUUAAGGGCAGUUAUCAAUAGAGUCCUUUCAAUAAUUUAAAGUAUAUUACCCUUAAGAUGGGAAUGAAUGCUUAUGUUCUUUGUCCUCCAUGGAUGGAUUUCUUGGCUGUCAUUGUGCGUAGGAUUUUCAUUUCCAGGUGAUGUUCCACACUGUAAGUGAUGGUACAUAUGCUUCAGUUAAAGGAGGAUUGUUCUCCAGGUUCAAGUCUUGGACUUUUAACCAACUCCCAUUUUUUCAGAAUUUAUGCAAUUCACAGCUUGAUGGAUGCUUAUUUGUGAGCAUGGCUAUUUAUGUAGUUUCCAUGUGGAGCAACUCUGGAACUUAUCAUCCUUGGAGUAACUUCAUCCUAACAGGUGGUUGAAGAAUAUUGUUGAGUUCUAUCUACUGGCACUAGCUAUCAAAGGCCAAAAAAAUCAAUAAUUAAAAUUAAAAAAACAGUAAUGAAAUGUUAUACAGUAAUGUUCUGAUAUCCUGAUUGGUUGUUAAAAUUCAAGUUAGGUAAUCCUACAUCAAAAACACUUUUUUCAUUAGCACAAAUGGAAGGCUGAGGAACAUUGUCAGGGACAGGCUACCACCAGUUGGAGUUCAGAGAAGGUACAGGAAAUCGGCCCAAAAUUUUAUCAAAGGAAAAUGUUCUACAACUUUUAAGACAUCAUGACAGUAUGGUUACUGUGCUAGUUUUCUAUAUCCUUUAUUAGGAAGACAGUUUUUCUACAACUCUCUCUCCAUGCUCAUUGUGGGUGAGAUGUGUGUCAACUUUUACAGUUGCCCUGUCCAAAUGAUUCCACCAUUUUUGUAGAUUUUAAGGGAAGGAAAUAAUUAAAUUUGUCGUUGGCAGCAGCCUCAGAUUCUAUGGUUCUUUAAUCUCAUAACUGAAAUUAGUGGGAAUGUAAAUAUCCAUGCAUUUAUUUCUCCUUGUUCAUUCUUUGGAGACAAUUAAAAAUAGUAGUUUCUACAUGAACUUUCCUAAUAAAUAGUAGUCUCUGCAUGAACUUUCCUUGGACAUUUUCCUAGAGUUCUAGGGGUACAUAAAUCUUUUCACCUUGAUCUGGUCUUCAUAGCAAAGCUAGUUCCAGUCACUCAUGCAGUGCAGAAAUGAAGGUUAAUUAGCAUUUUGUUUAAUCAAAUCAGUUUAAUUUUGAUGCAAAUGCUCUUCUGUCUCAACAGAGCAUUGAAUUUGCAAUUAAAAUGCAGAUCCACAGUUAUGCCCUUCCUUUUAUAUAUGGCUGCUCAUCAGAGACUGGCCUUAAAAUAAUUUCUUAAUAAUGUAGGCCUUAAAAUCAUUUCUUAAUAAUGUAGGAGAUUGCUAGCCCAUAUUCAUUUAACCACAGCUGGCAAUCCUUAGACAAUUAUUUUAAUUUGAAAUGGUGUAUUUCACCAUCUAUUGGCACUCGAGGCAUAUGUAAAAUAAAUGUAUUUUACAAAACUUUUAACAGUGUUUAUAGAGUCUUGAAUUACUGAAAUCAGUUUAAUUCUUUCGGUUUCAAAGUUAAGAAUUGCAGCUCUCAGUAUUAAUAUGAAACUAGAAUUUUCUUUUGCAGAAAAAAGUAGACUUCUGGCACAUGAGCUGUGUUGAAUUUGGGGUACAAUACAAUUAAUAAUUGUAAUCAAGUCAAAUUUAUUUUGGCUUUUCAUGUGAAUCAUUGUUAUUUAAGCCAAUGGAAAGUGCCUUUAAGCCAGUAACAGAUGAUGUUCUGAAAACUGUGAGGUCCAAUUGUAUUUACAUUCAAAAUAGUACUAGGGUUGUUAAAAAAAAAUAUUUAAGUUUAUUUUAAAAUUGACGAGUGCCUCAUGAUGUUUGUAUCUCAUGCCAGGUUCAUUUGUGUAAAUUAUUGUUCAGAAAAGAAUGAAAACUAUAUAAAGCAUAAUUAUAUGUAUGUAUUCAUUGUAAAUAGAGAACACUGCCUUAUAUUUUCUAAACUCUUGCAGUUGCUUCAUGCUAGCAUUUUCAUCAAGAUUGUGCCAUCUAAACAUAAAGAAUCUGAAGUUUAUAUUGAUUUUACUCAAGAACUGUCAAAUGUUACCAUCUGGAAAAAUGAGAUUUGGAUGACACUACUUUUAUUAUAAACUUUUUUUUUAAAGUUAAUAAGUUAGACUUCAUUGUUUAGUAAACAGAACUCAUUAAUAUUUGUAUUCUAGACACUUUUUUCACUCUGCCCAUAAGGCUAUGGUCAUAUUGUUUGUAGAUUAUUUUAAAAAUAGGCUAAAUAUUUUUCAUAAAAAGAUGUUGGUGCUUUACACAGAUACUUUAAGCAGUCAGGUCGCAGGACUUGAAAAACAUUUUCGUGAAUGUUUUAAUAGUAAUUUUUUAAUACACUAGAGAAUUAAAAAUACUUGGGCACAGGAAAUUAAACUCAUAAUGUAAAUUUUCAGGUUACUUAAUGAGUUUAGUAUUUAUUAACCAAUAAUGUAGGUGUUGUUGCUUGUUGUUCUGCCUAAGCACAUGACUACAUGGAUGCUUAAAAAGAAACUACUUGUUAUAUAUACACACCUGUGCAUUAUGAUAGUCGUUCAGUAUAUUGAUGGCAUUUGCAGUUCUCUACAGGUUUCAUUGCCACUUGCAUACAAAACAAUUCACUUCAUGAUGCCAGAUAGUUGUUGGUAGUACCUUUUUUAAGUGUGCAUUUCCAUUAUUCAUGAAUGUGUUUGUGACACACUCAGAUUUGCUGUGAUGUUGGGGCGUUCACAUCAUUAAGUGGGAGAAAUAAUAGCUGAACAUGUCCGUAGGUCAUUCAUGCUGUUUCGGUUAAUAAACAUGCUCUGGAUCAGAAUCUGGCAACAGUGGUAACAUCUGUAGAUAAGGUUAUUAUGUAUGCCAAUAAACUGAAUUUAGAGGGGUAGGUUAUGGUUCAAUUGCUUUAAGAAAAUUUUUUCUUCUACUUGAGUUAUCCUUUGUACUUACUGUCAUUAACAUGAACUUUACAAGAGUAUCACUGCCAAAGUUAUUGUUUCAAAUUAAAUUGUAAAAUGCAUUCUCUCAUAGUGGAUUUUGAAAUGCCACAUUAGUUUUUGGAAUCUUGUAUAUAAAACAUUGUAAUGUUAAAACCUUUUUAUCUUGAUGGUGCACAAAAGUAAGGAUCUGGAAUAUCCUUGAACUUCAUUAUAUCAUUGUAAUCAAUGCUAUUUUCAUAACACAAAUAAGAAAUUUUUUUGCUCUUCAUUGCAUAUAUUAAGUUUUAUACAACCUCACAAAAUUGUCAUUGAAUUCCAUACUAUAGCUAUAUAUAUUAUCUAUCAAAGACAUUUUUCAUUUCUUGUAAAUUGCAUUGACAUCAUUAUCACUUUACACAGUGUUCAUUUGAAAUUCAAAUAAAUCUCCAUUCAUCAUUUUUAAAAAGUGUUUCCUCUUUAAUAGGUAAAAACCACAAGUAAACUAGAAAGGAUUAGUCAGGUCUUUAUUUAAUUUGGGUAAAUCAUUCACAGAGAUUCUGUCAUAGGAAAACCGCAUAAGCUACAAGAAUAUUAUUCUGACUACCAUUUGACAUUGACAGGGAGCUGUCAAGAAUGUUGUUCGGAUGAUUGCAAUAUAAGACAGUUACUUUUUGUUACGCUUUCAAAAAGGAACACCUACCCCCUUUGAUGAAAGCAUGUGCUAGAUUGUAAUGGGAUUGAUUACAGCCGAGCUCAGAGGGUUAAAGUUGUAUGAAAUGCAGUGGCCUAUAAAUAAAGUAGAUGACCUCAUUGAAAUAGGUCAAGAAAUAUCAGUCAUCCAGCUACUUGAGGUUAUUUAAAUAUUAAAUGGCCAUCAGGAUAAUUUUACAAAAAUGUUUUAAUUAAUGCUCAUAUAAGUGUGUUUUUGUUUUUUACUUCACGAUGACUCUAAUUAGUGGUAUCUGAAACAAAAUUUCAUUGUUCACCAAAUAGAAAUUCUUAUUUCCGGUUCAUUCUUUCUAGAUUUAAUUAUUAUUGGAAGCUUUCAAUGUGAAAUAUGCAGGAGAAAAAUAAGCUAGUUUAGAGAAUAUUUUUGCUUGUCUUGGAAAUUAGGCAGAAAAUUAACUUUGGUAUACUUUAACUACACUUCUUUUCAUUUUUUAAAUAAUAUUUGGAUAUGGUUACUUUGCCUAACGCCUAGGAUAUUUUUUUCUAUGUAAGAUUUCCCACUUAUCAUGCUGGAGUCAACUGGUUGUGAAAGAAUGUUUUCUUAAUUUGUGUGUGGGGGUUUUACAAAUGUUUAAUUUUGUAAGUAACAUCAUAGGAUUAUGAUCUCAAGAUACCUUCAGGCACUCUCAGAUUUUCUACAAAUGGCCUUACUUCUCUAAUUUUUAAGAGGUUGUGUAGAUUUUUUUAUGAAGGAUGAUUUCAUCUUGCUCAUCCAUCCUAUUAAAUUUCCUAGACACUGAAUACUGUGGAACCUGCAUUUCAUGGCCUAUAGUAGGUACGAGUUUGCCCUUGUAGGUAUUUCCAUCAAACACUAUAGUGUGGAUUGUGACCUUCAUUUAAGUUCAUUAGAUAUUACUCAUUUUUUUUGUUUUCCAUCAGCAUUUGUAGAUUUUGCUAACCUUGUUUUUUUAUUUGUGUACAUACAUAUACAUUGUUUAAGUGUACUCAUACAUAGAAAGCCCUCCUCAGAAUUUAUUGUAAAUCUUUGGGUGGUUUGCUUUCCAUAAUUGCCUUGCUUAAUGACAAUCAAAAUCAGUAAAUAAAAUUACUGCAAACAACUGUAAUUCAGUAAUUUAACAAGGCAAUUGACUCAGGAUUUUAAUGAAAUACAGUUUUUCAUCAAAGACUUUUAUAAAAACAAUGUAUAUGCACUAUUCAGUAGGAGAGGUAUUAAAGACAUUAACUUUGUUGCUCUAGUUUGUUGGUAGAUUUAUUAUUGUUGCCUUAGGUUACUCAAGAUUUCUUUUAACACUUGUUACUUGGGUCAUUGAAAUUAAAUGAAUUUUAAUAUCAUUUGUCCUUGAAAUGGAUUAGAUGUGAGGGUUAUGGCCAAGAUCCGAAAAGGGUUUUAGGUCUGAGCACUGAAGAAAAGCUUUUGAAACAUUUUUCUUGGGUUGGGUUACUUCUUUCACCUGACCAAUCUUGAUAAUUCUCUUUUAUUGAUAUAACCUUUUGAUAAUUCAAUAAUUUAAAAAUUUGUAGAGAUAUCUUUAAUGAUUACAAUCAUCGCAUAGUAAUCUUGGGUGAAUUGUAGUACUCUUAGCUUUUAUCUGAAGUAUUUGUUGGGAAACUAGAUUUUGAUAUUUUAUGCUGGAGUUCUGCUUUAAUAUGUUCUUUGUACCUAUAUGUAAUUAUUUUUUAACUCUGCUAUAUUACAGGUUAGAAAAAUUGUUUUUAUCUCAAGAUGAAUUUUAUUUUUGUAUAUGGGAAUUUACAGAGUUUAAUUAAAUAUAUAUUUGUUAGGCCAAGGAUCACGAAAAUUACUACUUAAGAAUUUUUUUUAGUCCAGGAUUGAUGCACACUGGUCUUGUAUCCCUGCCUUGAUACUGUAAACUGUUUGGCUUCUGUUUUGCAAGGCUGGUGUUGGCUGUGAUGGCAGGGUAUAAACCGAGUAUUAAGAUUCUGUCAUACAUUGAAAAAAAUCUUUGAAUUUCCUAGCCAGGGUUGCUUGUUAAAAUAUGAUACACUGAAUUCAACUGUGAUAAGUUUUAUUCAGGUGUUGGAGGAUAGGGUAGAACAGCUUAUGUGGAAGUCAUAAUUUAUAACCAAACAGUACAAAACAAGAUCAAAAAGUUUCAUUUUGACUUUUAUUUGGUUGUCAUUAUUUGCUGCACCAUUUAGCAUUAUGUUCUGAGUUGCAGUCAACAGCACACUAUGAUUAAUCUUCAAAAGUUAAAAUUAUAUAUUGGUAAUAACUUGGCUUAUUUUAAAAUUUGAUGAUUGCAACGAAGUGUUCACUAACAAAUAUUGUGUACAAAUUAACAAUCUCAUGAUGAGAAUACUUCUUUAGUAUCCUGCUCACAAUGGACACACUAUUUUUACAUAUCUUUCUAAAUGGAAAAAAUCUUGAGUUAGCACUUGAAAACUACUACUUCAACAGGUAUCCCUGAUUUUUGUUAUUUUUUCAUAAUUUUGUGGGAGGGGGUUAGCUUCUUUAAAUACAAAUACUAAUGACAUUUAUCAUAGUGAUUAUCAUCCAUCACUCACUUCCCUAGGAAAUAUUCAGAAUUGCUAGUAAAGUAGUAUGUUUUAUGACAUUGUCAAGUUUAAUUCUGUGAUAUUUAUUCUAACAUGUACAUUUGAAGCUAGUCUGGUUAAAUUUCCUUUUAGUUUCAGUCAGUCUAAUGAAACUAAAUUUACAAGUCGUCCUCCCUCCACUCAAGAAAAAAAUAAAGCAUUUAUUGUUAA